AUGAAAGCAACUAAUGUUGGAAUUGAAGCGAUUGAAAUCUAUUUUCCAAAGACCUAUGUUAAUCAAGCAGAAUUAGAAUUAUUUGAUAAUGUUUCGUAGGGUAAGUAUACCGUAGGAUUGGGAUAAGUGAAUAUGGCCUUUGUAAGACCUUUUGAAGACGUAAACACCAUGGCAUUGACAGUUGUCACGAAUCUAUUAGAGAAAUAUUAAAUUAAUCCUGCACUAAUAGGUAGAUUGGAAGUGGGCACAGAGUCGUUGUUAGAUAAAUCUAAAUCAACUAAAACUACACUUAUGAGAUUAUUUGGUGAUAAUACAAAUAUUGAAGGAGUGACUUCAAUAAAUGCAUGUUAUGGAGGAACCAAUGCUUUAUUUAAUACUAUUGAUUGGAUGUAGAGUGACGCUUGGGAUGGUAGAUUAGGAAUUGUUGUCUGUACUGAUAUAGCAGUUUAUGCUAAAGGAUCAGCACGUACUACUGGAGGAGCAGGAGCAGUUGCGAUGUUAAUAGCUCCAAAUGCAACUUUUACAUUAGAACCAAUUAGAACUACUUAUAUGAAAGAUAAUUAUGAUUUUUAUAAGCCAAACUUUCACAGCGAGUAUCCUACUGUAGAUGGUUAGUUGUCAAUACAAAGUUACUUAUAAUCUAUAGAUAAUUGUAUUCAAUCCUAUUUUAGGAAGAACAAUAAUAUUAAUGCUGACUUUCAUUGUUUUCACAGUCCUUUUCAUAAGAUGGUUUAGAAAUCAUUCUUAAGAGUCAAGUUGAAUGAAUCAUUUGUUCAAAAAGUUGAGACUGAAUUCACAUUUUAAAACUUCAAUGAAAAAUAAUCACAAAUGCUUAAAUUCUAUUAGAAUGAUUGGUUGAAUAAGGCUUUACCAUCUUGUCUUUUGUCUAGAGAAUUAGGUAAUAUCUCUACAGGAGCUCUAUAUGCAGGAUUAGUAAGUUUGAUUGAAACCUAAGAUGAUUUAAUUAAUAAAAGAAUAAUGAUGUUCUCAUAUGGAUCAGGCUGUGCAGCUUCACUCUUCUUUCUGAGAUGCAACAAAUCAACUGGAGUAUUGAAAUAAAAGUUGAAACUACAAGACAGACUCAAAUAAAGAAUCAGAAUACCCUGUAUUGAAUAUGAUCACAUUAUGUAACAACGAGAAAUCAAUUACAAUAAGAAUAGCCAAUAAUAUUAGCCAAAAUAGGUCGAUUUGUAUCCAGGGACAUUUUAUUUGAAAUCAAUAGAUGAUAAAUAUAGAAGAGAAUAUCUUGUUCAUAAACAAUUUGAAUUAAAUUAAACUUCAGAUAUGAUAGUAGUUGAUAAUUCUAAACCUAUCAAUAAGAUCCAAUAGAUAAGAGAUUAAAUGACUAAUAAUAAUGGCAAUAAUGAUUAAAGUACUUAAUAAUAAUCUUAAAAAUAAUAUAAUUAAAUAUGGACUGGAUUUUAUAAAAAAACAAUUUAAUAACGUUUGGAUUAACUAGAAAAAACUAUGAAUGUAAACGUUGAACCAUUUAAAGAUGGAGGAUUGUCAUUAUAGAAUGCAAAUUUAAUGGUUGAAAAUUGUAUUGGAAAGAUUUCCUACCCUCUUGGUUUAGGAUUAAAUUUCAUGAUUAACGGUCAAUGCUAUUCUGUACCGAUGGCAAUAGAAGAGCCUUCUGUAAUUGCAGCAGCAAGUGCAGCAGCUAAAACUAUAAGCGAAGCUGGUACUGGGUUCUAAACAUACUCAAGUCGUCCAGUAAUGAUGGGUUAAAUAUAAUUGUUAGAUGUUUAGAACUUUUCAAAAGUUGAAUGCUUAAUAGAUUCAAAUAGACAAACAAUUAUAAAUAGAGGAAAUUAAGCAUGUCAAAGUAUGGUGAAAAGAGGCGGAGGAGUUGAAGAUGUGAAAUGUCGAAAUCUAGGUAGAGGACAAUGUAGUGUGGAUAUAUUUGUUAAUGUGUGUGAUAGUAUGGGAGCUAAUUUAGUAAACACAGUUCUGGAAUUUGUUGCUCCUUUGAUAGCUGAGAUUACUGGAACCAGAGUUGGAAUCAAAAUCUUAACUAAUCUAUGCACGAAUAGAAAAGUAACAGCUUAGUUCUGUUUGGAUAUAGAUAAGAUGAAUUACAAGCAGUUGACUGGCAAAGAAGUUGCCAAAUUAAUGAUUGAGGCAUAUCAAUUUGCAGAUCUCGAUAUUUAUAGGGCAGUGACACACAAUAAAGGAAUUAUUAAUGGGAUUGAGGCUGUGUGCAAUGCUGCAGGACAAGAUGCAAGGGCAGUUAAUGCAUCCUUACAUGGUUAUGCAUCAAAUUAAUGGAUAAUACAGGCCACUUUCAUCCUAUAAAAUAGUGAAUUAACAGUUCCUAUAAGUGUUGGAACCUAAGGAGGAGUGCUACCUUAGAAUCCAUUGUAUUCAUAGAUUUUGUCUAUAUUGGAUUAUCCUGAUUCUCAGAAGUUGGCUGAAAUCAUAGUAUCUGUGGGUUUGGCUUCUAAUUUUGCAGCAUUAAGAGCAUUGGCUGUUGAAGGCAUUUAAAAAGGACAUAUGACAUUGCAUGCAAGAAAUAUUGCAAUAGCAAGUGGGAUACCAGAACAUCUGGUUGAUGAAGCAGUUCUAUUUAUGAAGAAUAGAAAUAGUUUUAAUAAGUAAACAGCUUUGGAGUUUCUGAAGGCUUACAAUAUAUUUUAUGAGAUUGGAAAGGCCAAAGGAAAGUAAAUGAAAGCUUUCUGCACUUUUUCAGGGUCUUUCGAUUUGAUAGAUACAUAAGAAAAAGUAGAUUUACAUGUUGUCUUUGAAUGUGAUUAAAAUAAGAUCAAUUUAAAUUAUGCAGAUGACUCUCCAAUUAAUAGACAAAUAUUUGGAUUGAAAGGUUAAGAAUGGUUGAAAGAAUCUGGUUUUCAGUGUUGA